AUGUCAGAAGUGAAUGCUACCCCUGAAAUUUCUCAAAACAACACUAUAUACAUCAACAAUCUCAAUGAGAAGAUUAAGAUUGAUGAGUUGAAGAAGUCUCUGAACGCUGUUUUUACACAGUUCGGGAAGAUACUUGAGGUGUUAGCUUUUAAAACCCUAAAACACAAGGGUCAAGCUUGGGUGGUCUUUGAGGAUGUCUCAUCUGCUUCCAAUGCCCUGAGGCAAAUGCAAGGUUUUCCCUUCUAUGAUAAACCCAUGAGAAUACAAUAUGCAAAGACCAAAUCUGAUGUAAUAGCAAAAGCGGAUGGUACUUUUGUUCCUAGGGAAAAACGUAAGAGGCAUGAUGACAAAGGCAAAAAACGGAAGGAUCAACAUGAUGCUAAUUUAGCCGGAAUGGGACUAAAUCCAGCUUAUUCUGGUGCUUAUGGUGCGACACCUACUAUACCUUAUCCAGGUGGUGCAAAAUCUAUGGUACCUGAGGCUCCUGCACCACCAAAUAACAUUCUCUUUAUUCAGAAUCUUCCCAAUGAGUCAACUCCCAUGAUGCUGCAAAUGCUCUUUCUCCAAUAUCCUGGAUUCAAGGAAGUUAGAAUGGUUGAAACAAAGCCGGGAAUUGCCUUUGUGGAAUAUGGAGAUGAGAUGCAAUCCACAGUGGCUAUGCAGGCGCUGCAAGGUUUCAAGAUAACCCCACAAAACCCUAUGUUGAUAACUUACGCCAAGAAAUAG